AUGGAGAAGACACUGGAAAGAACAGUAUGCUGUAAUUCCCAGCAUAAAUCGCAUACACCAAAACUCAUAUAUCCCAGUACAAAUCACGCAUAUCAAGACUCUACCUCAACUCAUGUUCAAAGUACAAAUAAUAAUGAAUUUCAAGAUGAUACAGGAAAUCCUUUCUUUAUAAAAAAUACAAGUGAUGGUCGUAUUGAAUUGACUUUGAAUAUGGAUUGGUAUACAUCUUACAAGUAUCAAAAACAUCGAACAUGUGCUCCAAUAUAUCUUACAAUACUCAAUCUACCUCGGAAUUUGCGUUAUCGCAAAGAGAAUCUUUUGUUAGUUGGUAUUGUUCCAGGUUUCAAGAAACCUGAUAGUGAUCAUUUUCAAAUAUAUUUACAACCUUUGGUUCUUGAACUCUUGCAAUUAUAA